CACACACGCACACGCACUGUCUCUCUCUCUCUCUCUCUCUCUAGUGUCUCUCUUUCUCUCUCUACUGCGCUUGAAGCGAGGGGAAGAGAGAAUGGCUCCGGCGAGCGCGGUGUUCGCGGCUUCCCUCAUCUCGUUCUCGCUAAUGUGGCUCGCCCACGCCAGGAUCCCCGGCGUCUACUCCGGCGGCUCCUGGCAGACCGCCCACGCCACCUUCUACGGCGGCUCCGACGCCUCCGGCACCAUGGGCGGGGCCUGCGGGUACGGGAACUUGUACAGCCAGGGCUACGGCGUGAACACGGCGGCGCUGAGCACGGCGCUGUUCAACAACGGGCUGAGCUGCGGGGCGUGCUUCGAGAUUAAGUGCUCGGACGACCCCAGGUGGUGCCACUCCGGGAGCCCCUCCAUCUUCGUCACCGCCACCAACUUCUGCCCCCCGAACUACGCCCUCCCCAACGACAACGGCGGGUGGUGCAACCCUCCCCGCCCCCACUUCGACCUCGCCAUGCCCAUGUUCCUCAAGAUCGCCGAGUACCGCGCCGGCAUCGUCCCCGUCUCUUACCGCCGGGUGCCGUGCCGGAAGCGAGGCGGGAUCAGGUUCACCAUCAACGGGUUCCGUUACUUCAACCUGGUGCUGAUCUCGAACGUGGCGGGGGCCGGGGACAUCGUGCGGGUGAGCGUGAAGGGGACGAGGACCGGGUGGAUGAGCAUGAGCCGCAACUGGGGCCAGAACUGGCAGUCCAACGGCGUGCUGGUCGGUCAGUCGCUCUCCUUCCGCGUCACCGCCAGCGACCGGCGCUCCUCCACCUCCUGGAACAUCGUCCCCGCCGGCUGGCAGUUCGGUCAGACCUUCACCGGCAAGAACUUCAGGGUCUGAGAGUUCACCGGUUGGGCCCCCACCCCCAAGGAUGGCGCCAUUUUCACACUCUCGUUCAGAAGAUGCCCUGUUCCCAUUUUUCUUUGUUUUUCUGUUUAACUCGAAAAAGGUGUUGGGGAAUGUAAAAGUGAACAGACGGUCAGUAGACUCCUUUUUUGACUUUUUGAUUGGUGGGUCUUUUUUGGUUUCUGCUUUUUCAAAAAAAAUUUGGGGGGGGGCUGAAUCGCUGAGCGAGUGGGGGGAUUGUUUGGUAGUGAAAGUUAGAAGAGAGCCUCAAGGCUGACGAGGCGGCUGCAUGCAGCCCGCAGCCUUUAUGGCACCUAAGUUCUACCAGUAGACCAGUAGCAGUAAUGCUCGAGCAAGUUUGAGUAUAUGUAUUUAUAAUUCAUAUAAUAUAUGUGAUAGGUUAUAUAUAUCUUUAUCUACAUUAUGUAACCAGCAAGUGUAAUGUACUCAAAUCUAUAGUUGAAUUUGGAAUGCAAUUUGGUUUGCCUCGUCCUCCUCCA